CUUCGCCCGCCGAGUUUCUGCCCCGGGAAGGCGCCGGGCGGCGAGCGCUCCCGGCCGGGGGUCCCCCCUUCCAUCUCUUCUCCGCCGGAGGCUUCGCGGGGCUCCUGGCUUCCAGGCGGGGCGCUCCUCCCGCAGCCGCCACCACGUUAACUUCCCAGAGGUCCGGAGGCUCCUGCGGGGCCAGGAGCCGAACCGGCCGAAUCAUGGAGUUGCUGUCCACCCCGCAUAGCAUCGAGAUCAACAACAUCACCUGUGACUCAUUCCGGAUCUCCUGGGUGAUGGACGUGGGGGACUUGGACAGAGUGACCCAUUACUUCAUCGACCUGAACAAGAAAGAGAACAAGAACUCCAAUAAAUUCAAACACCGGGAUGUCCCUACCAAGCUGGUAGCGAAGGCGGUGGCCUUACCCAUGACCGUGAGGGGCCACUGGUUCCUGAGUCCCCGGACGGAGUACAGUGUGGCCGUGCAAACAGCAGUGAAGCAGAGCGAUGGGGAGUACCUUGUGUCUGGAUGGAGCGAGACGGUCGAAUUCUGUACCGGGGAUUACGCUAAAGAGCACCUGGCCCAACUGCAGGAGAAAGCCGAACUCAUUGCUGGAAGGAUGCUUCGGUUCUCCGUCUUCUAUCGGAACCACACCAAGGAAUAUUUCCAGUAUGCCAGAAUGCACUGCGGAAACAUCCUGAAGCCCUCCCUGAAGGACAACAGCGGCAGCCACGGCUCGCCCACCAGCGGGAUGCUCCACGGCAUCUUCUUCAGCUGCAACACCGAGUUCAACACGGGCCAGCCCCCCCAGGACUCCCCUUACGGGCGCUACCGCUUCCAGGUCCCCGCCCAGCGCCUCUUCGGCCCCAACACCACCAACCUGUAUUUCGCAGACUUCUACUGCAUGUACACCGCCUACCACUACGUCAUCCUGGUCCUGGCGCCCAAAGGCUCCCCGGGAGACCGCUUCUGCCAAGAGCGCCUCCCCCAGUUGGACAUUGCCUGCAACAAGUUCCUGACCUGCAGCGUCGAGGAGGGGGAGCUGGUCUACCGCCAUGCCCAGGACGUCAUCCUGGAGAUCAUCUACACAGAGCCGGUCGACCUCAGCCUCGGCGUGCUGGGGGAGAUCAGCGGCCACCAGCUCAUGAGCCUUUCCACGGCCAACGCCAAGAAAGAUCCCAGCUGCAAGACGUGCAACAUCAGUGUGGGGCGCUAGAGACUGGAGCGGGAUGGGGAUGGGGAGGGCAGGGAGGGGAGAGGUCUCUAGAAGCCGAAGGCCACCGCUCUGGUGGAAAGGCUGGCUCUCGUUUGGGAGCCCAGGGAAAGGCUGGGGAGCAGGCCUUUGGUGGCAUCUCACCCCACCUCCCUCCGUCUCUCUCUCUCUCUCUCUCCCCACCCCUCUCUCAUCUCUUUCUCUGUCUUGCAUGUCUGCUUCGUCCUUGUAAAUAAGAUUCCCAAACUAGGGGAGAGAUGAAUCCAGGGUACCUUUGCAGGACCUGUUCUUUUAGCAAGAAAAACAGACGCCUGUGUCCUGGGAUCUCUCCCUCUGUCCCUC